UGACGUCACAGCCUGCGUGACUCAAUGGGAUCAUGUGCUGAAAAGUCAGUUGUGCUUACAAACAAGGAAAUCUCAACCUUUGAGUAGAUCGAUAGUGUGUUGUUUCUCCGGCAGUUAGAUAGUGUUUAGAUCAGCUAGUUUUAUAUUAGACAGUAAAAGAAAAUCAAAACUAAGUCAUUAUGGCAUCUCUGUUUAAAAAGAAGACCGCCGAUGAUAUCAUUAAGGAGCAGACCAAAGAGCUGAGAGGCACCCAGAGACAAAUCUCCAGAGACAGAGCUGCCCUGGAGAGACAGGAGAGGCAAAUGGAAAUGGAAAUCAAGAAAAUGGCCAAGACUGGAAACAGAGAAGCCUGUAAAAUUUUAGCCAAGCAACUUGUACAGCUCAGAAAACAGAAGAAUCGAACCUAUGCUGUAAGCUCUAAGGUGACCUCCAUGUCCACACAGACCAAGGUCAUGAACUCUCAGAUGAAGAUGGCUGGAGCCAUGUCUACUACAGCAAAGACUAUGCAGGAUGUCAAUAAAAGAAUGGAUCCCAAGAAGACGCUACAAACCAUGCAGGACUUUCAGAAGGAAAACAUAAAAAUGGGAAUGACAGAGGACAUGAUUAAUGACACGCUAGAUGAGAUUUUUGAUGAAUCUGGCGAUGAAGAAGAAUGCCAGGACAUCGUAAACCAAGUGCUCGAUGAAAUCGGCAUUGAGAUCUCAGGAAAAAUGGUAAGAGCCCCCACAGCAGGAAAAUGUCUUCCCGGUGCUUCCCCGGCAAAGUCUAAAGCUGCCACCAUCUCAGACGCAGAGAUCGAGAGACAGCUGAAGGCUUUGGGCGUGGAUUAAACUCUUUAUGCUCCACACCUGUUCACCCACUGUCACCAAAGGACUGAGUUUAUACAGUGGGAACAGGGAAUUUGUAGGGAUGGCCGAGUAAUAAAUAAAGGAAGAAAUGUCAUUAGGCAUCUGGUCCUGAAGAAACAUGCUGUUAUUGUAGGAAUGUAAAGACUGGUGCAUUGAUAAAAUGGUCUGUUAUAACAACACAAUCUCAUGGCGGUCAUUACUAUUUUAAAUCUUGCUCAAUUGGUGGGUAAUUUGUAUGAAUUUUUACAAUCUUAUUCAUACGUUUUCAUGCAAUGUGCUUUGGCCCAGUGAUGGCUGUGUUUUGUAUGAUUCACAAAUAACAAAUUCAAAAUCUUUAUAAAAACGUAUGUUUUGAAAUACUAUUUAAGAACUCUGAUUUCUUGGCAUGUAAAAACACUGCACAUAUUGUAGGCUUUUAGAAGUUUGGCGCUGAAAUUAUGCAGUUCACCUUUAAGGGUGCUAUAUGUCACAGUUGUGGCAAUGACUUCUUCCUUCAAUCCUUUAAAUGUGUGCUUCUUAACCUUUCCCCCAGCAUUACAAAUGUGUGUUUUCCUCAUCUCAUUAGAAUACAGUAGAUGACAUCUGAACUGUCUGAUAAGCAAAAUGUGCAGUGCCAAGAUAGGAUUGUAAAGCCCUAAUUUACAUGUACAUAGCUGAACAUUGGAAGGUUUUGAAACUGCAUGGGUCCCCAUGUGUUAUAGGGCUCAUCAUCUCAAAUAUGUUUUAACUCAUAAGAUGCUCAUAAUGCUUUGUCUCUUUAUGUAUGACUUUAGGAAGUAAGUUAAGGAAACUGCUUUCAGUCACGGUGAGAUUUAGUAAACAUUUACUCUCAAUUACUUACUAGAAAAUAUCUUGCAUGAGAUUCUUUGUUGAGAUGAUAAUAAUGAUGUUACAGUACCAGGUGGGUGAACUUGAAUCAUAUGUAUGCAUUUGACAUACACUUUUAUCUUGUGUGACUUACAGUGUAUUUUACUGUAGUUAUACAGUAAGUUGUUUUAAUACGAUGUGUGUUCCCUGGCGAUCUAACUUACACCUUAGAGCUCAGCUGUUAACGUUCUACCAACUGAGCUGAAACACUCUUUAUAUGCACCUUGUUCAGGUGUUGCAGAGAGAUUAUCAAUCAUAUUGUAAAUUCUGUUUGAUUAUGGGAUAUGUUUACGAAUAUCAUUGAUUCAUACACACAGUACAGUAAACAGAACAUUGUCCCAGGCCCUGAACUGAGAAGGACCCAUUAAGAUCUUCUUUGAAGUGCACACUCUUAAAAAAAAUAAAGGUGCUUAUAAGGCUCUUCACAGCGAUGCCAUAGAAGAACCAUUUUUGAUUCCACAAAGAACCAUUCAGUCAUCUCUUUCUUACUCUUAUAAUCGGAAUAACUGUUUUCGCCACAAAGAACCUUUUGUGAAACAGAAAGAUUAUUCAGAUGUUAAAGGUUCUUAAUGGAACGAAAAUGUUCUUUUUAUGGAAUCGUAGAACCUUUUGAAGCACCGUUUUUUAAGAGUGUAGUUUUAAAAAAUGAGGGGUUGAAUGGAAUUUGUUCUACAUUUAUACAUGUCUUUCAUUCAUUUUGAAUUGAUAGAUUGUUCUUAUGACUUGAAUAGUACGUUAUAUUGAAACAAAUCAGGGCCGACAGUGGGGGCCACCAUCACAAUGUUGUACAGGGCUUGUAAAUUUAAACAAUGCAGGACCCUAUACAGUGUAUACCAUAAUAAAUGUUACAAUUGUUUUCAAAACCACAACUUCAUUGUCAUAUUGUGGUCAUGAAAGAUGAGUAAUACAGUAUCAAUGAAAGCAGUUUCUUUGACGUAACUUCUGUUUAUUUGCUGUCGUGAAAUAACUUUUACAUCUGGCAAUGUUUUAUUAUGACCAAUUUAAUGUUUAAAUUAAUGUACAGUACAUUUUUAUGUUUUGAUUUGUUUGUUUUUUAUCUAAUUAAUAAAAUACCUCCUUUUUCUGCAAUUAAAUAUGUGU